AUGACGGACAGCGGCAAGUGUGCGUUUGUUCUUGGGAUCGAGCUUUUGGACGGUGAAGAUGGCAGUGUGACACUAUAUCAGCGUCGGUAUGUCGAUGAUAUCCUCAAGCGCUUUGGCAUGGAUGAUUGCAAGGCAGUCGCAAGUCCAGUCGACAUGAGCUCUCGACUUGUUUCAAGUGAUGCAACUACCAAGGUCGAUGCUCCUUUUCGCGAAGCUGUUGGUGCGUUGAUGCACCUGACCACUGCAACGCGUCCGGACAUUGCGUUUGCUGUGGGCUAUGUGUCGCGGUUCAUGGAAAAUCCUAAAGAAGAACACUGGGUUGCAGUUAAGCGUAUCUUUCGCUACCUACAAGGCACCAAGACGCAUGGAAUUUGCUACAAGCCAAGUGCAAGGAUCGACUUCCGUGGAUAUUCGGAUGCGGAUUGGGCUGGUGAUCUUACCGACCGCAAGCCAACAUCGGGGUACACGUUCAUGCUACUCGGUGCGCCAGUCAGUUGGGGCAGCAAGAAGCAGCCAAGUGUUUCGUUGUCCACGACUGAAGCUGAAUACAUCGCACCCAGCUUGGCGAUUCAAGAGGGCAAGUGGAUUCAUCGUCUGCUUUGUGAGAUCGUGAUGGCUGCCAAUGAAGAAGGACCGGAACUCAUGAUUCAUGAAGACAAUCAGUCAUGUAUCAAGAUGACGAAGAACCCAGUCAACCACGGCCAUGCCAAGCAUGUUGCAUUGUAG